AUGUCCCAAAGUGCAAUUGCAGCUUCUAGAAUACAACAUGAGGUCUCCUCUACAACAGACCUUGCUGGUGGAGAUACUGGAACUGAGGCUGAAGGAGUUGUGAUGGCAGAGCCUCUUAAUGUUGAGGUAAAUCAAGAGGUAGUAAUAGAUACGGGAACGUCAGAAACUCAACAAGCUAGACCUGAUGCUCAAAAUAUGAAACAGCAUGUGGUAUCCAGGUCCAGCAUAGAGGCCAAGUACAGAGCUACUACCGGGCUGGACCUGACCACCAUGGCAGGUGGCUUGACGGCAGCUUAUUAUAUAGAUUUUGUGAUGAAUUCUUCUAUGGUGGACAAUGCCAACCCAAUAACUGUUCAGUUUGGACCGAUGAAUGAAAAUACUGGUGCAAGAAAUGCAAUUCUCAAUGGUCUUGAGGUUUUUAGAAUGAACAAUUCGGUUAGUAGCCUGGAUGGAGAAUAUGGUGUUGAUGGGAAGUCGGCUGAUGGGCCAAGUCGUGGUACAGUGGCUGCUGUUGGAUUUGCAAUAAUGUUUGGAACAUUUGUCGGUUUAGGUAUAAUAGCUGUUAAGUGGCAAAAAGGGCCACAAGAUUGGCAGCAAAAUCAUAGCUUUUCGUCUUGGUUACUUCCACUCCAUGCUGGAGACACGAGCUCCAUGUCAAACAUCAAGACUUCUUUAGGUUCUUGUAAAAGCCAAUUCUUCUCGUCUACUUCCAAAUUAGGCCUAUACUUUUAUUUAGCAGAGUUGCAGGAGGCAACCAAGAACUGGGAUCCAAAUGCAAUAAUUGGUGUUGGUGGAUUUGUCAAUGUAUAUAUAGGAGAAAUCAAUGAUGGAAUGAAGGUGGCCAUUAAACGAGGAAAUCCACAGUCUGAACAAGGGAUUAAUGAGUUCCAGACGGAGAUUCAAAUGUUGUCCAAGCUUAGACAUCGCCAUUUGGUGUCUUUGAUUGGGUAUUGUGAUGAAAAUUCGGAGAUGAUUCUGGUUUAUGAAUACAUGUCCAAUAGUCCUUUCCAUGACCAUAUUUAUGGGAAGGAUUUUCCACCCCUAUCUUGGAAGCAAAGGCUCGAAAUAUGUAUCGAGGCUGCUUGUGGGCUCUACUACCUGCAUACUGGCAUAGCUUAA